GCGCCCUCUACACCGACGCCUAAUAAACACCGGCAAGCGGAUAGCGUUCACAUCACAGCAGCUCGAGCCCGCCAUAAUAUUCUUUGCCAUUGCUAUAUCGUUGGCUGUAAACAAUUUUGUUUUGCCUUUGUAGGUGUUAUUAGAUUUUAUUAAAAUGUCUGAUGAUGGAUCAACAGCGGUGGAGAAAAAAGGCCGUGGUAGACCUAAAGCUAAUGGAACACAAUCGGAGGCUAAAGGAGAUGCUAAGAAACGAGGCCGACCCCCAGCACCUCCAGCUAAAACUAAAGAAUCUAAAAACUCCUCAGAUGAUGAACAGGCACCUGUAGCCAAAAGAGGAAGAGGCAGACCUAAGGGUUCCAAAAAAAAGGCAGCAGUUCCCAAAGCAAAGAGCGGUUCUGGUGAAGGGCGAGGUCGCGGUAGGCCACGCAAAGAUGCACCCCCACCUAAAAAAGAUGAAGGUUCUACUGAGGAGGAGCAAGAAGAUGAAGAAGAGGAAGAAGAAGGCUCUGACCAGUAAACAUGUUUGUUUCUCACACAACUCACUCUUAGUGUAAUUUGUUUGUCAUUAUAACCCCUGUGAUUAUUUAAUGAUUUCAUAAAAAUUAUAUUUAUGAAUGCUCUUUGGCACUGCUAUCUCGGGGGUUAUCGUAACAAUACAAGUCUCAAAUGAGAUUGCUCCCAAACUUUAAUCAUGUGAGGAAUAUUUUAAAGAGAAAAUAAUUAUCAGAUAUAAGAUGUCCUUUUUGUGAUUAUAUUGCAUUUACUUCAAACAUUUUACAAAAGUCUUGCAUGGCUAAAUUUUGGGUAAACUUAGCUCUCCCUAGCAACGUACAAGUCUAAGAUAUAAUUUGUAAGAUCUUUUUUUGUAGAUUUAUUCUAUUUCUAUUAUAAUAGGUAUUUUGUAAUCUCCUGAUUUAUAUUGUAAGAAAUCAAAUAAUGCAAUUUUGUAGAUUAUUCAUUUGACUUGAAAGUCAAGUAUUAUUUUCGAUAAUAAAUAUUUCAUUUUGA